UGGUGCUGACAAGAAGCUUCCCCCCACCUCCUGCAUCCAUGGCAUUUGCUCCUCCCAGGAACAUGGAUGGCUCCAAGCUGCAGAUCAAGAUGAGCACGUGGACCCCUCUGAACCAUCAGCUCAUGAACGACAAGGUAUUUGAAGAAAGAAGAGCCCUCCUUGGAAAAUGGUUUGACAAGUGGACAGAUGGGCAGAGGAGGAGGAUCCUGGUGGACCUGCUGGAACGCUGCUCCCUGGCACAGCAGAAAUUCUGCUCCAGGCAGCUCCAGGACCGAAUUCCCACCGAGGCCGUGGAUUUCACCACGAGGCUUCCUCGAGUCCUGUCCUUGUACAUCUUCUCCUUCCUGGACCCACGGAGCCUCUGUCGCUGUGCACAGGUGAGCUGGUACUGGAAGUACCUGUCUGAGCUGGAUCAGCUCUGGAUGCUGAAGUGUCUCCGUUUUGGCUGGUACAUCAACUUCUGCCCAACGCCCUUCGAGCAGGGAAUCUGGAAGAGACAUUACAUUGAGAUGGUGAGAGAGCUGUGGAUCACCAGGCCAGAGAUGUGGCUCCCUGCAGAUCCUGAGUGUCUUCCAAAGCCGCCAGCUCGUCCCAGCUGGGCCGCCCAUCGCUCCGCUGGGAACCUGCCCCCCAAGGCAGCGGCAAAGGCCCUGGCCCAGAGCUCCCAGUGGAACGCCGGGAUACGACCGGCACCUGUCCGAGCUCCAGGACCAAAGCCACGUGGGAGAGGGACUGAAGAUGUCAGCAGGAUGGAGAGCAGAGCUCCAUCAUCUCCAGUGUUCGAGGCUCAGCCCUGGCACAUUCCUGCAUCCAGCCACGGAUCCGACUCGGAAUGAGGGAGGAUCCAGAGUGUCCUUCAUCCAAGCUGGACAGAAACUUCUCUUCCUGGCAGUGGGAAAACAAAAUGUUGCUGCUGGUCUUUGGGAUCUCGACCUGGUUUCCCGUUGCUGGUGCCUUAUCCUCUUUUCCUUCUGGAUGUGUCACCUCCGAAGUGUUCUCUUGGAAUUUUGACUGUGGAGACACUUGCUUGGAUCCUUUCUAGGGCUGCUGGACCUCCUGUGAGCUUUUCUAGGGAUCAUUUGGACAAAUCUUAGGGCACAUCCCACAGCCUGAGCCGCUCUGUGGUGCUUUCCAGGGAAUCACAG